AUGAUAGAGGGAUUGAUGAAGAUGAUGAAGAUAGUUGUAGAUGAUAAUGUUGAAGAAGAUGAUGAUGGUGAUGAUGAUGACAAUAGUGGAACUGAUGAAGAUGCUGCCGAGGAGGGUGAAGACGGUGUAGAUGAUGAUGAUGGUGGGACUGAUGAAGAUGGUGCAGAUGAUGGGGUAGAUGGAGUGAAUGGUAGUAUUGAAGAUGUUCUUGAUGAUGUUAAUGUUGGUGGGGAUGGUGAUGAAGGCUGUGAGUUUGCUGAUAAUGUUAAGGAUGUGGAAGAUAAUGUAUUGGUUGUUGAUAUUGAGGGCUGUGCUUGUGAGAUUGAUGAUAAUGAUGAUAGUGGGACUGAUGAGGAUGUUGUGGAUGAUAGUAUUGAAGAUGUUUUUGAUGAUGAUGAUGAUAAUGUUGGUGAUGAAGAUGAUGUAGAAGAUAGUGUUAAAGAUGAUGACAAUAGUGGGAUUGAUGAGGAUGGUGAAGAUGAUGAGGAUCGUUUUGUUGAUUUUAUUAAAGAUGUAGUUGAUGAUGAUUUUAAUUCUGGCGAUGAAGCCUGUGAGUUAGCUAAUGAUGAUAAGAAUGAGGAAAAUGCUGAAGAGGUUGUUGAUAGUGAGGGCUGUGCUGGAAGGGUUGAUGAUGAUGGCAAUGAUAGUGGUGCUGAAGAUGAUGGUGACGGUGAUGAUGACGGUGUAGAUGAUAGUAUUGAAUAUGUUGUUGAUGCUGAUGUUAAUGUUGGUGAUGAAGAUAGUGGGGAUGGUGAGUUAGGCUGUGAGUUUGUUGAUGAUUGUACAGAUGAGAAAGAUAAUGUAGAGGUUCCUGAAAAUGAGGGCUGUGAUGGUGGGGUUGAUAAUGAUGAUAGUGGCAUUGACGAAGAUGGUGAAGAUGAUGAAGAUGGUGUAGAUGAUGAUGAUGGUGGGACUGAUGAAGAUGGUGCAGAUGAUGGCGUGGAUGGUGUAAAUGAUAGUAUUGAAGAUGUUGUUGAUAGAAUUGAAGAUGUUAUUGUUGAUAAUGAUGAUGUUAAUGUUGGUGGUGAAGAUGGUGGAGAUGACGAUGGGCGCUGUGAAUUUGCUGAUGAUGGUAAUGAUGAGGACAAUGAUGUAGAGGUUACUGAUAAUGAGGGCUGUUUUGAUUGGGCUGAUGAUGAUAGUGGGACUGAUGAGGAUGAGACUAAGGAUGAUGAAGAUGGAGAAGUUGAUAGUAUUGAAGAUGGUGGUGUUGAUGAUAAAGGUGAUUGUAAUGUUGGUGAUGAAGAAGGUCUAGAUGGUAAUGUUGCAGAAGAUGAUGAUGAUAGUAGUGGGACUGAUGAAGUUGCUGCUGAGGAUGUUGAAGGUGAUGAGUUUUGUGUAGGUGAUAGUAUUAAAGAUGUUGAUGAUAACGGUGUUGUUGAAGAAGGUAGGGAUUGUGAUGAAGGCUGUGAAUUUGCUGAUGAUGGUAAUGAUGAGGAAAAUGAUGUAGAGGUUGCUGAUGUUGAAGGCUGUUUUGGUUGGGUUGAUGAUGAUAGUGAGACUGAUGACGAUGAGGCUGAGGAUGAUGAAGAUGGAGUAGUUGAUAGUAUUGAAGAUGGUGGUGUUGAUGAUAAAGGUGACGGUAAUGUUGGUGAAGAUGGUGUAGAUGAUAGUGUUGAAGAUGAUGAUGUUGACAAUAGUGGGACUGAUAAAGAUGGUGAAAAUGAUGAUGGUGUAAAUGAUAGAAUUGAAGAUGUUGAUGUUAAUGUUGGUGAUGAAGAUGAUGGGGAUGGUGAUGAAGGCUGCAAGUUUACUGAUGAUGGUAAUGAUGUGGAAGAUAAUGUAUUGGUUGUUGAUAGUAAGGGCUGUGCUGGUGAGGUUGACGAUGAUAGUGGGAUUGAUGAAGAUGAUGAAGAUAGUGUAGAUGAUAGUAUUGAGGAUGUGGAUGAUGAUGAAGAUGAUGGUAAUGUUAAUGAUGAAGAUUGUAAAGAUGAUGAAGAUGGUGUAGAUGAUAAUGUUGAAGAAGAUGCAGGGGGUGAAGAUGAUGACAAUAGUGGAACUGGUGAAGAUGGUGUAGAUGAUGAUGAUGGUGGGACUGAUGAAGAUGGUGCAGAUGAUGGUUUAGAUGGAGUAAACGAUAGUUUUGAAGAUGUUGUUGAUGAUGUUAAUAUUGGUGGGGAUGGUAAUGAAGGCUGUGAGCUUGCUGAUGAUUUUAAGGAUGAGGAAAAUGCUGCAGAGGUUUUUGAUAGUGAGGGCUGUGCUGGAAGGGUUGAUGAUGAUGGCAAUGAUAGUGGUGCUGAAGAUGAUGGUGACGGUGAUGAUGACGGUGUAGAUGAUAGCGUUGAAUAUGUUGUUGAUGCUGAUGUUAAUGUUGGUGAUGAAGAUAGUGGGGAUGGUGAGUUAGGCUGUGAGUUUGUUGAUGAUUGUACGGAUGAGAAAGAUAAUGUAGAGGUGGCUGAUAAUGAGGGCUGUUUUGGUUGGGUUGACGAUGAUGAUGAUGAUGAUGAUAAUGUUGGUGAUGAAGAUGAUGUAGAUGAUAGUGUUAAAGAUGAUGACAGUAUUGGGAUUGAUGAGGAUGGUGAAGAUGAUGAGGAUCGUUUUGUUGAUUGUAUUAAAUAUGUAGUUGAUGAUUUUAAUUCUGCCGAUGAAGCCUGUGAGUUAGCUGAUGAGGAUAAGGAUGAGGAAAAUGCUGCAGAGGUUGUUGAUAGUGAGGGCUGUGCUGGAAGGGUUGAUGAUGAUGGCAAUGAUAGUGAUGCUGAAGAUGAUGGUGACGGUGUAGAUGAUAGUGUUGAAUAUGUUGUUGAUGCUGAUGUUAAUGUUGGUGAUGAAGAUGGUGGGGAUGGUGAGUUAGGCUGUGAGUUUGUUGAUGAUUGUACGGAUGAGAAAGAUAAUGUAGAGGUGGCUGAUAAUGAGGGCUGUUUUGGUUGGGUUGACGAUGAUGAUGAUGAUGAUGAUAAUGUUGGUGAUGAAGAUGAUGUAGAUGAUAAUGGUGGAGAUGACGAUGUGCGCUGUGAAUUUGCUGAUGAUGGUAAUGAUGAGGACAAUGAUGUAGAGGUUACUGAUGAUGAGGGCUGUUUUGAUUGGGUUGAUGAUGAUAUUGGGACUGAUGAGGAUGAGACGGAGGAUGAUGAAGAUAGAGAAGUUGAUAGUAUUGAAGAUCGUGGUGUUGAUGACAAAGGUGAUUGUAAUGUUGGUGAUGAAGAAGGUCUAGAUGGUAAUGUUGCAGAAGAUGAUGAUGAAAGUAGUGGGACUGAUGAAGUUGCUGCUGAGGAUGUUGAAGAUGAUGAGUUUUGUGUAGGUGAUAGUAUUAAAGAUGUUGAUGCUAACGGUGUUGUUGAAGAAGGUAGGGAUGGUGAUGAAGGCUGUGAAUUUGCUGAUGAUGGUAAUGAUGAGGACAAUGAUGUAGAGGUUGCUGAUGUUGAAGGCUGUUUUGGUUGGGUUGAUGAUGAUAGUGAGACUGAUGACGAUGAGGCUGAGGAUGAUGAAGAUGGAGUAGUUGAUAGUAUUGAAGAUGGUGGUGUUGAAGAUAAAGGUGACGGUAAUGUUGGUGAAGAUGGUGUAGAUGAUAGUGUUGAAAAUGAUGAUGUUGACAAUAGUGGGACUGAUAAAGAUGGUGAAAAUGAUGAUGGUGCAAAUAAAGGUAGGGAUGGUGAUGAAGGCUGUGAAUUUGCUGAUGAUGGUAAUGAUGAGGACAAUGAUGUAGAGGUUGCUGAUGUUGAAGGAUGUUUUGGUUGGGUGGAUGAUGAUAGCUGUGAGUUUGCUGAUGAUGUUAAGGAUGUGAAAGAUAAUGUAGAGGUUGUUGAUAUUGAGGGCUGUGCUUGUGAGGUUGAUGAUAAUGAUGAUAGUGGGACUGAUGAGGAUGUUGUGGAUGAUAGUAUUGAAGAUGAUUUUGAUGACGAUGAUGAUGAUGAUGAUGAUGAUGAUGGUGAUAAUGUUGGUGAUGAAGAUGAUGUAGAUGACAGUGUUAAAGAUGAUGACUGUAUUGGGAUUGAUGAGGAUGGUGAAGAUGAUGAGGAUCGUUUUGUUGAUUUUAUUAAAGAUGUAGUUGAUGAUGAUUUUAAUUCUGGCGAUGAAGCCUCUGAGUUAGCUGAUAAUGAUAAGAAUGAGGAAAAUGCUGCAGAGGUUGUUGAUAGUGAGGGCUGUGCUGGAAGGGUUGAUGAUGAUGGCAGUGAUAGUGAUGCUGAAGAUGAUGGUGAAGUUGGGAUGGUGAGUUAG